GCUAAUACCUUCACUCGCACCACCACCAUCAACACCUACCUGCCUGCCGCUCAUCAGUGCCUACCACCUUGUGACGAAGCACCACCUUCCUCCAGCAAACAACCAGACAAAAAACAGCCAUGGCCACCGAAAUGAUCAACAGGAAAAGAAAGGCCGACGACGAGGGCGGCGCCAAGAAGAAGAAGAGAUCCAAGAAGGCGCGCGAGGACGAGGGUGAUCUCGACGUCGAGGCAGGUCUGAACAGGGCAUUCGAGCGCAUGGACGGUCAGCUCCUGGCGGAUCACAUUGCUCAGAAGGUGACACGGUUCGGGACCGAUCUCAGCUCCGUCGAGCUUUCGGAUCUGUACAUUUCUGCAAACGCGAUCAAGGACACCACUUCCUUCCAAAAGCCCCGGAACAAGGACAACCUGCCAGAGUUCCUGGAGGAGUUCUCGGAGAAUCCUGCCAAGUUGGCUGAGGCGCCCAAGUCGAAGGGGUCGCCGCACACAUUGGUUGUGGCGGGCGCGGGUUUGCGUGCUGCGGAUUUGGUCAGAUCGUUGAGGAAGUUUGGAACAAAGAACAACUCGGUCGCCAAAUUGUUCGCCAAGCACUUCAAGGUCGAGGAGCAGGUCUCCUUCCUCAAGAAGAGCCGCACGGGAAUUGCCGUUGGUACUCCUCAGCGCCUGAUUGACCUGAUCGAAAAUGAGUCGUUGUUUCUUGACAGCCUGAAGAGAAUCGUUGUGGACGCUUCCCAUAUCGAUCAGAAGAAGCGGGGCGUCGUUGACAUGAGAGAGACGAUGAUGCCAUUGAUCAAGCUCCUUACGAGGAAGGAGCUUCAGGACCGCUACACGGCGGAGGAGAAGCAUGUGGAUUUGAUCUUUUACUGAGCACAGGUAUUCCUUCACUUUCAGUUCUCUCUUAAUGAUACCUACCUACCUACUCCUUGUAGCAAAUGCACUUUCCAGACCUCACACCCAAGGACCGAAUCAAGAAGCAGACUCCAAGUGACUCUGCUUUCCAGGUUGUGUUCAACCUCGGACUUUCUGCUGAUUGCCCUAGUGCAGGGAAGGUGUACCGUGCUCGACAUCUCAACUCCCUCACUUGCUCCGUCCUGCUCCUUCCCCGAUGUCAUUGCCCACCACGCCAUGGCACCAUGGCCAUCAUGGUUCCUACCACUCUGCACUCAUCGUUGCCCACCUCCCAG